CUUAAGGAGACAAUCCGUUUCCCCAUCGAAAAAUCUCGUUACGCGACAUAUGCGGAGUUGAAUAUGCCGUUUUAUUAAUAAUGCACGUACACACAAAUUGCUCUCGGUCAUUCCACACCUGGAAUAACCGAAAGUGUGUAUAUUUAUCGAUUUAGGUUUUUAGCUUUUGCUUCACUCUGCGCGUCGAGUUUCAUCACGGAGCCAUGUCUCUCCACGGAACAGAGAUCUUGCAAAAACGCACCAAGCGUUUUCGAAUGAUAAAAGCGUCACUUAGAAUGAUAACAAAUUUAAGGUCGACUCUCGUGGAAGUUUACGAGGAGUUCUCGGUAAAAUCAACGAUAUCUGGACUCAAAUAUACGACUCUGGCGCAAACGAAAUUUGGAAGGUGCUUCUGGGCGAUCAUUCUGCUGUCCUUCCUGGGAUUCGCUAUUUCGCUAGCAAUGUGUUCCUAUAAGCGAUAUCAAUCCACCAGCAUAAACAUGGUGAUAAUAAACACUCAGUAUCCAAUGUCUAUGAUAGAUCUACCUGCGGUGACCUUGUGCCAUGGUGGUAUCGUGAUGAUGCACAAGUUGAUUUCUUUCUUGACGUCGAACCCAAAACGGAUAUUUAUGCCUCGCGGACUGACGCGUGCCGACUUUGAAAAUUCCAGUAGGUACUUACGAGAGGCAAUCUAUCCAAAGAAUUACUUUCCUGACGAGCUAGACAAGCUACAUCAGAUUCUCUCGGCAAAUCGGCUCACGUUACUCGAGCUCUUUGAAAACGUCAGCGCAAACUGUAGCGACUUCUUGCUGAUGUGUCAGCUUGAGGGAAAGACGGUGCCUUGCUCGACGUUGUUUGAGCCAGUGGUUACCCCUAACGGUAUCUGCUGCGCUUUCAAUUAUGAGAAUUCUCAGGUCUCGCAAAGAUCCAACGAGCUACUGAAGCGAUCUAACAGCGCGCGAAUUGGCCCGCACUUCAUUCUGUCUCUUCUCAUGAAAUCGUACUCGUCGGAGGACCGCGUAGCUUCCAUCAUGCAUGGCGACGGUGUGAAGGUGUUCGUGCACGAGAGAAACGUAUAUUCCUUGUUGGAAGUGGUGGAAUUCAUGGCUCCUGCCGGCCACGAGUCUGUAGCACAGUUAACGGGCACAAAACUGACCAGCGCAUCUAAUUGCAUGACGGGAUGCGCAGAUCCAGGAGCGGAAAAUCGUUAUCAGAAUUGCUACAUGAGGUGUUGGAAGUCUGCUGUAUGGGAGCUUUGCGGCUGCCAAAUAAUGUCCGGAGUGCCCAUGGAGCAUGGCAGGCAGGCGUGCGACCUUCCACACAUCCCAUGCCUGGCGCGAGCCGCGCCACGCGCCAAUUCUAUCUUAAAACAAGAGUGGCAGUGUGACUGUCUGGCAGAUUGUAAGAGCACGGUGUACGGCAUAGCAGUCGCGACAGCGCCUCUAAACGCGGCGCAAUAUAGUCCUUCACCGUUCCACAAAGAGGUUCUGCGACAUCAAAACGUGACUGCGCUCCAUUUCACAUUUGCCAAGCAGUCAACGAGAUUAUUGCAGCGCCGGAUGAUGAUUUCAAGCACAUAUAUCUUAUCAUAUGUAGGUGGUAUCUUUGCACUAUUUUUAGGAUGCAGUAUAAUUUCUUUGAUCGAGAUUCUAUAUUACUUUUGCGUAUUUUCUGUCAGUAAGUUUAAAGAUAAAAAUAGACAGAGGGAUGCAGUUACCAUUCAUUGAAACUAAAUUGCAAUUUGUCAG